AUGAUAGCCAAUUACCUACAGUUAACUACAACCAUUGUGUUACUUGUUAUUGUGCCUUUACUGUAUCUUAUUUAUUAUCGAAAAUUUCGUUAUUUUAUAUUUGAUCAACGAGCGAAAGUGACAAAAGGAAAAACUUCAAGAGGCAAAUGUCCACCAUCUUUUCCUAACGGAUGGUUCUGGGUUAUAAAUUCAUGUGAUCUUAAACCAGGUCAAGCUAAGCCAAUCUCAUAUUGUGGACGAAAUCUUGCUUUAUUUCGCGGCACAAAUGGUAAACCAUAUGCUCUUGAUGCUUUUUGUCCACAUAUGGGAGCUCAUUUGGGUAUAGGUGGUAAGGUGCGUCAUGGUACAUGUAUUGAAUGUCCAUUUCAUGGAUGGACAUUUGAUGGUGAAACAGGUGAUUGUCUUUUAUCUGGUAUUGAAAAUAAAAUAAUUCGUACAGCUGAUAAAUAUGAAUAUCAUGAUAUUGAAAAUUGUACACCAGUACCAAAUAAUGAUAAUACGAUGAAAGUUUAUUUAGAAAAAGUUAGUGAAAAAGAAGAAAUCAAAACUAAACGAUAUAUAUGUCGAGAAAUUAAUGGAUCUAUUGUCAUAUGGUUUCAUUCCGAUGAAAAAUUAAGAGAACAUCCUUUAUAUGAACCAUUUGAUCUUUCAAAUGAAUUAGAAAUGAAUAAAAUGCAAGCACGCGGUGAAUCAAUUAAUUAUGUUAAUUGUCAUACUCAAGAAAUUCCUGAGAAUGGAGCUGAUAUACGACAUUUUGAUUUUUUACAUCAAUCAAUUAUUGACAUUAUAUUUCCAUUUUUAAAAUUUUCUUGGUCGAUGAUAUCGGAACGAGCCACAAAUCCACGUUUACAUGAAGUAAUGGUCCAUCCACAUCCAGAAGUAAAUGCAUAUAAAAUGCGUCUUUUAGAUACAUUUAUUAAUGAUUCCAAUCGUCGUUAUAUAAAUGUUUUAUCAUUAAAUUGUUAUCUCCAAAUAUUUGGUAAACAAAAAUUAUUUAUAUUUAAUGCAACUGGUUUUCAAGUGGGUCCAUCACUUGUUUAUUUAUUUUUAUGGUCACCAUAUUUUCAAGUAACAUUUUUUCAAACAGUAACACCAUUAGAAAAAUUUAAUCAACGUGUUAUGCAUCGCAUUUUUUCAACAAAACCAAUUCCAUAUUGGUUGUCAACAUUAAUGCUUAUGGGUGAAGUUAAACAAUUAUUUUCUGAUAUGAAUAUAUGGAAUAAUAAAAUAUUUGGUGCAAAAUUAUCUUAUAAUAUGAAAAAUGAUGCUGAUAAAGGUCUUCAUUCAUGGAGAAAUUGGUAUGCACAAUUUUAUGAAGGAUGUCAUGAAUAUGAAAGUAAAUCACUUUCAUGGUAA